AGUAGGAGCGCUGUGAUGAGUACAUACUGGUACUAAAAAUCGUAUCUGAAAUUAUGUUGAAUCGCACCCAACAUCGUCACAUCUCUGUCGUGACCUCGUAGUUAUUUUCGGAACUGACGUGUUGAAUUACUGCCAAUCUGUACAAAACCAACCUUAGUUUGUGGUCCGGUACAAGCGAUCAGAACGAGUGAAGAUUUAGAGCAGCGUCCAUGGCGUCCUCGAGCAGCGGCUCGUCCGCGAUCCGCGUCCGGCGGGCGGUAUCAGCUGCAAAUAUGUCUGGGUCUGGAAAGUUGGAGCUUGUUAUGCUAACUUUGCACUCUGGAAAAAUGUGUAUUGCAUGACCAGCAAGAUGAGUCCAGUUUGUGCUACGCGGGGAGGCCAUUUGUCAUGCGGAAUAGGCGUCAAGAAGUACUCAGAAAAUAUGUGAUGCUAGAGAAUACAUCACAGACGUCACGGGUCAUGUAAAAUCUGCAUGACAAGUUGCAAUCUUCCAGACCCAGACAUAUUUGCAAUCCAUAGGGAGACGCGGUCCACGACCAGGAUGCGCUGCUCGCGUUACGGGAGGAGGUUGCCACGGGGAAGUCGCUGUCCACGACCACGUUGCAAUCCUCGAAGGAGCUGUUGUACGUGCUGGACACCCAGUUUCUGUCGCUUGUCGUCCUCGAGGACGAAAAGAUCGUCGCCUAUGUGGCGUUGGAAGCCUGUCCGGGUGUGAACGCCUACAAAGUCCGCGACAUGGUGUCCGCGGACUUGUGGCUGUCCCGGGUAAAACCCUAUCAAAUGUAAAAAUGUCUGGAUCUGGAAGAAUGCAACCUGUCAUGGUAAAUCUGAAGCAUGCAAAAAUCUGUGUUGCGUGAUUACCAAAAGCCGUUCCGUUUUGAGCAAGUCGGGAGGGAGUUUCUCAUGCAGGAUGGGCAUUAGAGAGAUCGCGCAGAAUCUGUCAUGCUAGGUCCUGCAUUCCAGACCUCAUGGGUCAUGGAAAAGCUGCAUGACAAAUCGCGCACUCUUCCAGACCCAGACAUGUUUGCAUUUGAUAAACCCACGGAAAAACAUCAAAAUUACUCCCUGGGAAACAGUUUGUGGCUCAAUGACCACAUCAACCUAACAACCGAGUACGUGAAGCAAGUCUGCACCUUCGUCUUUUCACAACCAAGGAUGUGCGUCGAAUACUUGUUUGCGGUAUAAUAGAUAGAACUGACGAGUGAGAAACAUGCAUUUACAAGAAGUAUUAAGUGCAGCUUCAUCCUUUAUUUUCUUUGUAGAAGAAAAAUAAGUGAAAAUGCACCGCAUCAGAAAUAACAAUAAGAAUCCUGUUUAGCCGACGUUAUUUUCGAUGGUGUUUUUUCAUGCAUGUGAAAAAAUCGCUAAAAAUUCAUUUUUCAAUGAUCGAUCAUACAAAAACAAGAAGCUUGGACGAUCACACAAUUGCUAGGUGGAGCGCAAGUCCCAAGCCGCGCACCUUUUUUCCGAGGACGGGAACUAUUUCACUCCGGUGCCGUAUGGAUGUGUCAGGAUCGAAAUUGACAAAGUUGAAACGAUUUGCCAUGCAUAAAAUGCAGCCCACAAAGUGCCUGUCAUGCAGAGUAGGCAAGUGAGGCAGACUGUAAGCGUGUUGAGGGGUAGAAACUGAGCUGCUAAAGCAGCAUGACAGAAAGCGUCUUCCUUACCCAAACAGCAUGACAAACUGGAUUUCGGUUCUACUCAGAUUUGUCAUGCGCCACUUGGAAACUGGGUUACAACGCAAUUGGCAUCCGUUUUAUGCAUGGCAAAUCAUUAUUUCAACUUUGUCGAUUUCGAUCCUGACGCUCCCAUAUGCCGAGCGCCGACCAGGUGGCCACGUGGGUGAACCGGGCGUAUAGGUCUGCGGACUGCGUGAAGGUACUGACCACGGAGAAGAAAAAGUAUAUCCAGCCACUAAAAAUCCGCAUGGCGAAGGGAGAAGACCACGAUAGUCUGGUCGUAGGCAUCGCAAAGAUGUCUGGGUGGUCUAGAAACCUGUGAUGCUGCGUGCUGGCGAUGAUUGAGGAUGAGCACUCCUGAGUGAAUGCGAGCAGGAAGAAUUUUUGGGACGGCGCUCCGUCAUUCUCAGUGUGCAUGUAGAAACUGCGUUUCAUUUGUAUGUCAAAAGAGCUCGCGUCAUCUGCGUUGGUCAUACGGGAUGAAUGUAAGCCAAGCCACAUUUAUUUUCCAGACCCAAAGAUAUUUGCCUUUGAUACACCGCGGUCUUUAACCAACAAUCGGAGGUGGUAACCGAGGUAUACGGCGAUUUCUUUUAUCAAAUGUAAAAAUGUCUGGGUCUGGAAGAAUGCAACUUGUGAUGCUGCGUCUGCAUUAUCUAAAAAUCUGUAUUGCAUGAACAGCAAAAGAGGUCUGGUUUUGGCCACGGCGAGAGGGCAUUUCUCAUCAGGAGUCGGCGAGAGAGCAGGCAUCAGGAGUCAUGAAAAAUGUGCAUGACAAACCUUGCAUCCUUCCAGACACGGACACUUUUACACUUGAUAUCUUUUUGGCCGAGCUGAUGGAGGCCCAGAACGAGGAGAACAAAGCCAUCGUCGUAUCAAAAGGAAAAAUCUCCCCUCCCCAUAUCAAAACGAAAUUUCUGAUGCUGGAUUUGAGUACACAAAUCAGCUUUCUAUUGCAGGAAAGCAUCGCAGUCAGGUCCCCAGGCUAGGUAGGGGCGUACGCGUCUAGUUGUUCAGCAUGGCAAGCGGCUCCCCUUUAGGCCCAACAGCAUGACAAAUCGCUUCCAUAAUGGGGCGGAAUCUUCUGCCCUUGCCUUCUUGCAAAAUAAAUGUGAUGUGUGGCCUCAAAUCAGCAACAGAAAUUUUCGGAAACACGCCUUUUCAAUGUGGGGAGGAGGGAUUUUUCCUCUCAAUACGUCGCCGAGUCCGACGAAACCGGGCGGGCGGUGGGGCUGUGCUGCCUCACCUGCGACUAUGCAAUGUAAAUUUCCUGUACAUGUACAAAAUGCAUGACAAAUUUCGCUACCUUGCAUAGUCCAACUUGUCAUGCUGGACUACGAUUGAAGGCAAGUUUUGUCAUGCAGAGACGGCAUUUGUACGUGUACGGGAAAUUUACUGUGGAUAGCGACGUGGACGCCAACGUACUGGCGCAGUGCUUUGAGUUGUUAUGGAAUGCAAAUAUCAUGUCUGGGUCUAGAAACUUGUAAUGCUGAUUUGUUAAUAGUGAAUUCUCUGCAAUGCAAAGCCAAGCAUGAGAAGUAUUUGAUUUGCGCUGCCUAGUGCUGCGGUUUCCGCAUGACAAACUGCGUUUCGCAUGACAAGAAAAAGGGUCUCUUCUCAGACACGCAUGACAAACUCUUCAGUCAUGCCAGACAAGCAUGACAGACCUUGCGUCCUUUCAGACCCAGACAUAUAAUUUGCAACGCAUAGUUGUUGCCCUACGACAAUUUGUUGAAGAGGAAAUACUGGUCCAAGGUAAAAGCGCAAAUGGAAAAGGAACGGGCAGCGGCCGGGGAGGACGAAAGUUUCUGUCGAGGUAAUUAUGAAUGUGUCGGCGAAGUUCUUCUGUGAUAUGCGCUAUUUUAGUACUGGCGGUAGAAGUUCUUGUGCAGUUUGUUAUCUUUAUUUCUCCUCAUGCUCAGCAAGAAGUUGAAGUUGAAGUGCGUAUGCGUACGCUUUGACGUUACAACUCGUCAGCGGCAGUAAGUCAUACGAAGAUCUUACCGACAUUCAUUAUCAGGUGACUACCUCCAGGCGGCCCUGCAGGGUAUGGAGCUGGAGAUGUUUGUGAGUAACUUAAUUCUGCUUCAAACCGAAGACCACGAAGAACCCGAGGGCGUAACCGCGAUGCAGUUGCUGAACGCGUUGCGCACGCAAGAGUACGGAGACAAGUACACGCGAGCCGACAUCGACAUCGCCGAGUCGAUCAUGAUAUCCUGUGCAAAAGUAUCGUGCUCGUACUAAUCGCAUUCAUGCAAUGCAAAUUUCUUUCUCAAGUUAAAUCCGCACUACAAAUUUUCUUUCUCAUGCUGACGAGAGUUGUCAUGCGAUUUAUACUAGUACGAUACUUUUGCAAUUCAUACACGAUCGGAAUUUGGCACCAGAUGUGGUGGACUCCGCGCAUCGAAUAUGACCUGCUCAAACGUUGCAAUCUCAAACGUUGCAAUAGAGUCUGGGAUUUGUCUUGCAUGAUGAGCAUGACAGACUCGCAGAGCGUUCCACUUUCUGCAAUACAAAUUAUGCCAGAUUAUAGCGCGGUUUGGAGCUCCGAAACUUGUCAUGCGCAAUCCUGUGGCAAGAGGCUAGAUCAUACACUUCUUGCAUCACAGAUUUCCAUACUCUAUUGCAACGUUUGAGAUUGUAACAUCUGAGCAGGUUAUAUCGAAGCGAACACGUUUCUGCGGUUUGAGGAGCUACACCGACUGGCCAGAAGAAUGAAGAAAUACGGUAAAAAGAGAACAAACUCAGGGUCGUCUUUUGUACCAAGACUGCGAUUUUUCCUUGAAGUAGAUGUCGUGCAUUAUAAAUUUAGUACCAAGUAGACGCGUGGUUGCUCCUCGUCCUCGGGACUAAAAGCCAAGUUGUUGAUUCCCCGUGGCGCUUGCUCAUUCUUGCACCACAAAAAUAAAAGGCAACAAUCGUGAAUCAACAAUUUUGCCAAAAUUCUCACCAUUAACAGACAUCGGCGCCCGGCGGGCCAUAGCUCAGAACAUCCUCGACAAGUGGGAUAAAAUGUACGAGACCUUCUGGGUCGUAAAAGAAGCCGCGGACCAGUCGGAAUCCGAAAAGCGUAUCCUGAGUAAAAAGCAACCUACAACCUCCAGUCGUGAGUCCUCGUCAUGCAAGUUUGCACAAUACAAGCAGAGUACAACGACCCAGCUUAACAAGCUGAGCUGCAGUUCCCCACGACAGUCUUUUUGCGACUGCGUUUGGAAAGUCGUCUUAGAAAUAUAUUUGUCCUGCUUGAAGUUUUUCAACUAGGAAAAAAAAGCCGAGUUUUGCGACUGUUACACCAGCUGAGCACGACCACACUACGUGUUGUCGAGGGGAUUUGUCAUGCGGAGUUUCUAAAACCACCUCUGGAAUGAUCAAAAUCUCGACUAGAGGGUUCGGAGGUCGUUGUUGUGUUUAGACAGGAUAAAGCGAGACUUGGAGUCCAUCGACAAGAAGAAGCGGGCAAAGGUAUCCUGAGUAAAAACGUACCCACACCAGAGUUGUAAUGCAGAUUUGCAAAGACAGGAAGACUUGUAAUGUGCAUCCCCAUGAGUGCCAUUUCCAAUCGUGUUUUGGAAUUUGUGAUGCUGUGAACAGGAUGAGCAGAUGAAUCUGUGACGCGGCUGAACUUGCUAACCUGCACUACACUGCAUAGUGCAACUUGUCAUGCGUGACUCACAAAACUCCUAGGUUUGUGUUGCAAAAUCCCCAUCUGGACUCUGGUGUGGGUACGUUUUUACUCAGGAUAAAAGGAGGGCGACGGCGACGUGAGCCCGAUAUGCAUCGCAAGAGAAACUGUUUUUUCCAUACUGUCAGAGGACGCACUUCUUGCAUGAGUGAUAACUUUCUGCCAGCGCAAUUUGAUGAAAAAGUGACGGCGCAGCUGCAACAGGACAAUUAUCGGGUAGUACCACGCUGCGAACAAAGUUCUUUUCCUGCAAGAACAAAAAGCAUGUUAUGUACUCAGUUGCCCGUAGCUACAGUAUUAUCGUUGUGCCUAGGCGAUGCUUAUUUUGUACGGGAUAUCCGAUGCAGGGGAGUAACGACUUGGACAGCUACGACAUCAAUGUACCAAGGGCAGAACGAGGAAUUGUGCCGAGGGUAAGCAUUUAAAUCUGAGUGGUGUCAUUUUUGCAUGGCAACUACUUAGUUCUGUGAAAAAUUUCAGCACCAUGUUGACGCGAAAGCAUAUGUAAUACGGAAGUACAGCCAGCAAAAAAAAGACAUGUUCACGACAGGUAACGUUUGGUAAAUUACUCUACCACCUGACUACUUCGCUCGAGGACGCGCAGAAGGACCAGCGACGGGCUUCGAUCAUGAAAAAGGGGAGUAAAGACAGCAAGAAAAAGAACCAAGACUACCAGGAGCUCCUGGACCCAAAAAAUAUCGAGAACAUGGACGAGAAAACACCACCGCUGCUGACGCGCGAAGAGGCAACAGACUUGCUCUUCGUGGUUCACUGGUGGUCCACGGAAAACGAGGGGAUCAACUGCAUCUCGGCGAUCGACCAGGUGGACUCGGAGAGCCUGAAGAACUGUCUGGAAGCCAUCGUGAAAAAGGAGGACGACAUUUUCAUCAACCACCACCAGAGCUCGAGCUGGUACAGACAGAGACCGGAACAAUUCCUUUGUUUUUCUCAUCCAUGCACAAGUACUAACUACAACUAGGUACAGACACAGAGCUCCAGCAACCCGCUGCUGUAGCACGAAAGAUAAAUAAAUUUUGCAACUGCAACCAGUUGCCUCGUUGUAUCUACUAUUUGUACUUAAAUUUAUCGCACCACAUCAUCAUCAGAAUCUGAAGUAUUACUCAAACAUUACCUACGUAAUAUCACGACGAUCCAGGUUGUUCGGCGUUCCAGAUGUGAUGAAGGACUUCUUCUGUGUGAACCUGUUCUGUGUAGACGAAGCCAUCGCGCAUCGAAGCGCGGACUUCCUUACGGCCUGCUCAGGUGGAACUACAGACUCUGGUGGAACAAAAAAUUGUGAUGCAAAACGCGCGUUGUCAUGUCUGUCUAGCUAUCAUCGAGUGUAGUAUCACAAACCUCUGACAUUCCUCUCCAUGUGGAAAUCCGCCCCGAAAAAUUGUCAUGCUGAGCGGGAGAACGAGAAAGCAGAGGAUGUUGAGGAUGACUAUUUUACGCUUUAUGCAACACAUUCUUCCAGUUCAGCUUCAGAUUAUAGUUCCAGCUGAGCGGGGCAUAUUCCUCCUGCCGGCCUUUGCACUGUUUCCAGACAAGGACUACUGCGUAAUCACACAGCCGCACACGAGCAAGGUAAAACUGAAGUUUUUUUGUUCGUGAUCUUCGGUACACAGUGAAAGCUUUUGCAUCGUGAUUAUCUCAUGCGAAAAGAGGUAUUUUGUGACAGGCAAUGAAGGAGAUGAUGAAGGGUAACUAAGGGAAAAAAAUUUCUACAACGAAAAUAAAAAACUGCAGAUCACCCCCUUUCUCCAAGCCUUUAGCAUGGUGCCCCCGAAACCAUCCAACACCUUCGGCCACGUGUUGUUCGUGUUGCACCGAGCCUGCUGCACAGCGAGCUUAACGCCAACGGUCAGGAUGCUGGAGGGAGAAGCGGAUCUGGACCGGGUGGCGGCGUAUCAAACAGGAACUUGGUUUUUACUCGCAACGACAUUGGAUCGCGGUGCGGGCUUUAUUGCACAUAGAAAAACAAGAACAACGAUAAGCACAUCUUUCGUUGGCAGCAAGCAGCCCAUGGAGUUGCAACCGGCUAUAAGUGGUCUUUGUGCUGGGUCGAUGUUCUGUCUGCCUUUUUUGCAACACCACAAAUUGAAUUCUUGUCAUUGCUGGCUACUAUUUUCUAUUUGAUACGACGGUUCUGGACGGCAUGGAUUUAAAAGAUGGGGAGUUUAUUGCGAACACGGUAGAAGCGGCUUUACUAGACGACGACGCGCAAACCUUCGUCGUCGAAUUUGACAAUCAAGUCAUCGGGUAAGUACAAGCGUAAAUUUGUUUUUACUUGGUGUCGCAAUUAUAGGAGUUUGAAACAAGUUGUGCCGGCGGCAAUAGAGGUCGCCGUCGGAAGAAUCGCUGUCCGUAUGUGGAACAAGGGGCUGCUAAAACAAAUUUUGUGUGAGGACAAAUAGUGAAAAGUAUUCAUCAACAUCAGGACGAAACAAAGAACACAGUGACUUGUUUUCAUCUGAGGUGGAAAUGCAAAUGAAUCACAGAUGUUGAAUUCAAUUUAUCCGUCUGCAACUACAGCGUCGUCGGGAGCUCCUUGGUGAAAGACGACUAUUUAGAGACGCUCCGCUGCGUGUACCAAGUAGACCGGGCGGUCAAUUCGCCAGAGUACAAUUCCUUUGCGUUUGUGGACUUUUUCCUCGUGAACCCCAUCUUUGACAUUUUCCGACGGAAGAUCCUCCACCUCUGCCAGCUGAUCGCCGGCAACACGGUCUUUUUGUACGAGGCGCCUAUCCAGUGCAAAUAUCUGUGUCUGGGUCUGGAAGAAGUGCAGAAGCAAGAGGACAAAGCUUGCUCUAGUUCAUGCAACACGUAAUUUUCAUCGUGUCAACCACCCUGAGCAUCACAAGUUGCACUGUUCCAGGCCCAGACAUCACAUUGGCAAUGCAUAGCGCAGCUCACCACGCAAAUCACAGACGACCCGAUCGAGGACCAUGCGGGCUCCGUGCACUCCGGCAGCCCACUAUGAAAGUGCACAGCGCGCUCUUUUUUCUCAUUUGUCAUGCAAAAUGUCUAAACUUCGUCUUCGACUUCCCAUCCGGGCCGUUUGGCCGUGUUUGCAUGACAAGUUCAUCUGGCAGCCCAAACUGGACUACAGUCCCGGCUUAGAUUUGUCAUGCAUGAGCUGUUUUUUGGAGGUUGUUUGUCUUGCAGUUGCUAGACUGCACCGUUCGAAAAAUGAGACUGGAGGGGGACUAGUUGUGCACGGUCAUAUUCCCACACCGAGGGCAAAGGCAGUCCCUUCGAGGAGGGAUCUCUAUCCCGGCAGAUGUCCAGCGCGGCGCCCUUAUGUCAGUGUACAACCACUCCCCGGAGGACUCCUCUCACUUGUAUAAAGAACAUUCGGGGAAAAAAUAAAUGCCGAGUCCAGUCUGAGGUCCAGAUAAGUAGGUGGACGGGCUUGCAUGUCAUGCGGAAGCUGCAGUUUGUAUGUCGAUAGAAAAAUUGUCCUUCGAACGAAAGGGAUUUAGGGGGGAUUGAUUGUCCAUUCUCAUAUCCCUUUGCCCCGGAGUUGCCGACCGGCAUGUCAAAAAAGGAGUUGAUUGCGUUGAAGAAAAAGCAGGAGGUAUCCAGGAAAAAAACUGUGUAAGUGUAACUGUGUAGGAAAAGCAGCAUCACAAAUUACCUUUGCAUUACAGGGAAAGUCUGUCAUGCGCAGCUAGUACGUGGAAACACGUAUGAAAGUAGCGUAUGACGCAGAUCCAGCAUGACAAGUAUAACAGUUUUGCACCUUCCGCAUCACAGAUUUACACUCACAUACUUUUUUUCUUGCAUAGGAGGCGGAAGCGGCCGAGGCGGCAAAGGCCGCGAAGAAGGAACUGGAUUCCCUGGAGCGAAAGGGCUACAAGCAACUGGUCGACAAAGACGGCAACCUGCUCCCGCUGUCAACCAUAGUCAAGGAAAUGACGCCCAUUCCACCCAGAAAUUCUCCCAGCCUAAUGGUCACGCACCACGGCGGCCAGUCGCCGAGCUCCCCUUCGGCAAAGGCAAAGGUAUGACAUUUGAUUUUUUUCAAACUCUAUAAGGGCUUGGGUUGAUUUAUUGUCGGUGUGUUUCACUACUGUAUUUAUCGAACGAUCAUUGUAGACCAGGACUCUGCUGCUUGUGUCUGUGGUGGUGGUGCUCUCUGUGCAUAUUGAUGCUGCAGCGACUGUCAUGUGGGAGUGGGCGCUGCACCAGCAGCGCGAUGCAAUCUAAGUUUAGAGAUCAUUUGUGUUCGUCAACAACGAGAAAUUCAAGGGUUUUCUACUGCGAUUAAGAUUUCAGUACUGUAAAAAUAAAUUCAGCCACACUCCUUCGCUUCUCUGCCGGUGGAGCCACAGCAGCAGCAGGUAGACGCGGAGAAGCGGGAAAAAAUGCGAAAACUGGCGGAGAAGAACGGGCUGUCAUUAUUGGCCAGGCCGCGACUGUCCGCACCGAAACGGGACGUGAACGCGCGAAUAGUAGUGGUCGGCGCGAGCCACACGGGUCUCAGUUUUUUGUUGUCGCUGCUGCUGCCAAAUUACCAGCACCUGCAGUUCAACAGUUUAACGCUCGUCGCGCCGGAAUUGAAGUAAGAUUUUUGUUGAUGUGGGAGUCAGUUUGAUGUGGCAUGAUGGGUUCGCUAGUUUUGUUCUUUGUCGCCUGAACUGUGUUUGUCUUCUUUUCCCGUUCAGAGGGAGCUCUUCACCUUCGCAAGUGAGCAGUGGACAUCUUCUUGAACGUAAAAAGAAAAUUCCAAAAACACAGCCCAAUAUCGGGAGUGUCGUUGAGUCCGAGCUUGCGGCCGCUGAUAUCCCGCAGAAAAAAGCGAGCAUGCCACAUCGAUAGCUGUAAGAUGCAAGGAGAAACACAUUUUACAAAAAUAUUUCUUUAUGGUUUGGCCCAUAGCGGGGGCGUGUCGGUGAUGUAAGACACAUCGUUUUUUUUUUGCGUGUGUGCUGUUGCAUUUUUUGCCUUUGCUACUGCUAGCUUUUUUCUGCGCCAUAGCGGAACGAAAUUGAUCCGGUGCUGCUCCGUAGACUCAAAGCGGACGUUCGGGUAUAUCCAACAGAAAAGUUGUACCCGCUCCCGCACACGAGAAAAAAUUGCCUUGCGGAUUUUGGUUUUACAAAAAGGCUCUUUGACAGUUCUGCAUGGGAAUAAACGCAUCACAAACUGUAUUUCGCAGGGCAGCGCAUCAAGAGAGAUUGUCUCCCUUGUCGUGCUCGUCUCCGCAUUACAGAGCUUUCAGUGACACGACCGUAAGUAGCAACGCAAGAAGUGUAUGUUCUUUUCUGUGUGAUAGGGUAAAAGUUUUGCGAGACCGCGUGCGGUACCAAAUGUAAAAAUGUCUGGGUCUGGAAGAAUGCGCGAUUUCUCAUGUAGCUUUUCCAUGACCCAUGAAGCCUGGAAUGCAGGACCUAGCAUGACAGAUUCUGUGCGAUCUCUCUCAUGCCUAUCCUGCGUGAGAAACUCCCUCCCGACUUGGUUAAAACUGGAUGACUUUGGGUAAUCAUGCAACACAGAUUUUUGCAUGCUUCGGAUUUAGCAUGACAAGCUGCAUUCUUCCAGACCCAGACAUUUUUACAUUUGAUAUGAGGGAAAUUGACCGGGCGCAGAGAGCGCUGGUGCUGGAGGGCGACAAGGCGAGUUUGCUGCCCUACGACUUCCUCGUGCUCACACCUGGUCUGCAGGUACUUCGGUUUUUCAGUAUUUUGUCAACCACGACAUUUUCAACAAGGCGUGGACCGUUUUGCCAUGCGAAGCUCGGAAACAAUCAAGAAACACACAAAAUUUGAUAAACCCCAUCCUCCAGGACUGCACACUGUCCGCAGAUCAGAUCCAGCUCCGAUCCUUAUCCGGGGGAAAUUUGAUGCCAGUGUCUGAGUUGAUAGAAGGGGAAAAAAAAUUGAACACACACUCGCGGUCAUGCACUUUUACCCGAAAUGUCUAAUAUAAAUGGCUGCAUGCGGCGCAUCGAAUUUUUGUUUUUCUAACAGUAAAACGAGUGAGUCUCGGUGGCUAGGCAAAGUAGGCGUGCAGUCAUUGGUCUUUUAUGAGCACGUGGGUGGACGACCAGCACCUGCAAGCAGGGUAGGAAGCAUGACAGGUUGAUGUAGUUGACCGCAUUUUUUAUCAUUUUUUUCCUUUUUCUAUACCGUGUAGACCCUGGUGGCAGCACUAUUUCCUUCCAUAGUCCUACGGGUUCAAUAAGUCUGCCGUUUGGCAAAUCGAAACGGCGGACAUCAAGGCCAAGGCGCUCCAGAGGAAAAAGGAGGAGGCGCAGAAGGAGAAGGAAGCGGAGGAGCAGGCCAAGCUGGCCGAAAAUAAGAAGCCCCGAUCCGCGGCGGCGAGGCGGUCGAGUAACCAGUCCCAGGCCGAGGAGAUGCAGCUUGCAAACCAAAAGGCCGCGGAGGAGAAGGCCCGAGAGGAAGAGGCCAUGCUAGACUAUGCAUUGCAAAUAUCGUCUCUGCUGGGCUUGGAAGAUUUUUCAGAAUGUAAUAUUCAUUCAUGUGUUGCUUCCUUUGCCUUUCUGUACGUCCACGUGCAUUGAGCCGCAAAACAAGUGCCGCAUGUUUUGCCAGUAACACAGGUUUUCUUGCAACUCCUUUGCAUGCGAGUCUGUGAUGCUGAUAAGUACUAGGCCAUGCAUUUUUCUAGACUUUGCGGGGCAACAUGCUAGACUGCCUGUAUGAAGAGAAACAGACCCUCCAGGAGGCAUGCUUGCUUGCAGUGGAUACAGAAGCGACCCGACCGAUCUUCGACCCGGAGACCGAACCGGCGACGCUGAACGGCGUGCUGAGUGUGGGGGAUCCACGCUUAGGCGACUUUUUCGCAGAAUCCGGCACGUUUGUUAUCAAAAGGAAAAAUCCCCCCUCCCCAUAUCAAAACGAAAUCUCUGAUGCUGGAUUUGAGUACACAAAUCAGCUUUGUUUUGCAGGAAAGCAUUGCAGUCAGAUCCCCAGGCUAGGUAGGGGCGUAUGCGUCUAGUUGGUCAGCAUGGCAAGCGGCUCCCCUUUAGGCCCAACAGCAUGACAAAGCGCUUCCGUAAUGGGGCGGAAGCUUCUGCCCUUGUUUUCUUAUUCUUGCAAAACAAAUGCGAUUUGUGACCUCAAAUCAGCAACGCAAAUUUUCGGAAGCAUGCCGUUUCAAUAUGGGGAGGGGCGAUUUUUCCUCUCAAUAUUUGUGAAAGCGCUGAUCUGGAACCCGCUCACGCAGAUUUGCGUGUACGGCAAUUCUAUCAACUGCAAAAAUGUCUGGGUCUGGAAGAUUAGAACUUGUCAUGCUAAAUCUAAAUGAUGCAAAAAUCUGUGUUGCGUGAGUGCCAAAAGCUGUCCGCUUUUGACCAAGUUGAGAGGGAGUUUCUCAUGCAGGAAAGGCAUGAUAGAGACCUCAAAGAAUCUGUCAUGCUGGGUCUCGCAUUCUAGACCUCGUGGGUCACGGAAAACCUGCAUCACAAAUCUGUUAUGACAGACCUCGUGGGUCACAAAUUCUAGACCUCGUGGGUCACGGAAAACCUGUUAUGACAAGUCGGAUUUAACCUUUCUCAGGUUAAAUCCGCAUUACAAAUUAAGCACUUAAGGCAAAUAAGCACUUCGUAAGAAAAAAGCACCUCGUUUGUGUAACAGAUUUCCCUUCGUAAGACAUAAGCACUUCGUAAAACGUAUCGCAAUUGCCCUCGUAGAAAUACCAAGCAGAUACUACAACAGACUAGCAGCGUGCGGGGGGAGACCAAUGUGGUCUCCCCCCACCCGCUGUGACUCUUAAAAAACACACCAGGGAACUUCUUUUUUUCCAGCAGAGGCUGGUCGUGGGUUGUGGGGAUGAGAAAUAGAAGCAAUAUGCUAGCACGAUUUGAAGUCAGACGUAAGCUCUUUAAGAUUUCCGCUUCGCUUUAUUUCAGUUUUACAGCACAGACUAGCAACUAGAUACAGACUAACAGGCACUAAGUUCAGAAGAAAACACUACGAAGAGCGAAGAUCUGCCUGCUAGCGCGGACAUACGACACGCACGCGGGGGAGGAGGGGGAAAACGCAAGCGAAGCGAGAACAAGACGCGCAGCACAAUGUGCUGGAGCAGAGGACGAGAGCAGAUAGUAAGAAUAUCAAAACAAGAUGAAAAGCGCACGCAUACACGCGCACUGCUUAACUGUGUGAAAGGUGUCGGCCCUGUUUGACCUGCUGCGGCAGGCAGGUGAAUUCGUAGAACUGCUUCACAUGUUAAGUAACGCACACCGGCCUCCUAGUUUUAGUGAUGAGUUUAUAUGCGUCAACAGAGCGGGGCCCAAUCAAAAAAAAAAAAAAAAAACCUGCAUCACAAAUCUUGCAUUCUUCCAGACCCAGACAUUUUUACUUUCGAUAAAUUCGCUGGAGGUGUACACGGUCAUCCAAGGCUUGCUGGUCAGAAAAGUUCCGGCUUCCAAAAUACUACUGGUGCAACCGACACAGACGGAAGCCAGCUCUAGCAGCUCGUCGAGCAGUUCCUCCUCUCAACAGCAGCUCCCGCCACCGGAAAUUCUCGAGAAAAUUGAGCAACAGCUUGAGAAGAAAAAGAUCCGGAUUUGUAAUAUCCAGUGUAAAUAAAUUAACGUAAGUACCCACAGCCCCAUAGUCACGAUCUGCAAGACAAAUCUGCAAUCUGUAGGAGCUGCGGGUGGUAACGGGGCCCCCGCAGGAUAGUCGUAUGUAAAGAGCUUGGCCGCAUCGGUAAGCCACUUGCAGCUUGUAGUCUUGCAUAGAAUUAUUGUCGUGAGGCAAAGUGACGAAAGGCCAGGAGAGAAUGUGUCUCAUGUAACAAGUUGCUGCGCAUAAGUUCCUUGGGGUCGUUGUGGACACUACGGUUUUUUAGCACGUGAUAUGAAAGAAUCACACGCUCAAGCGACUAGAAAAGGACGGACGGGACCGAUUGAGUUCGAUCGUGUUCAUAUGCAAAGGAAAAAGUUUACAAGUAGAGUUGCGCACUGUAGAAGACAAACAAGAAGAAGUGUUGCAGGACAAACAAGACAGACAACCUCUACCAUGCCCGGAGUGCUUGCGAGUCUCGUUGCAUGCGUGCAUUUCAUUUUUACGGGCUUCGCAUGGCAAACGUUCUUUGUCGUGCAGAGCUGCAAGAAGUUUGUGUUGCUAAAUUUGCAUACAAGUGUGCAACUGUAAAUACGCUUUUUGUCUAGGAUAGGUCACCAACGAGGCGAACCACGAGGAGGUCGCGUUUAGUUGCCGAAUACUGCUCACCGCGGACAAACUGGACGUGGAUCCCGACAUUUUCCAUGCGCUACACAGCAACGGCUUGGUGUUUGACGGGGCACUGAUAGUAGACCACGCUUUCCAGACCACCGAUAGCAGGAUAUUCGCGGCAGGGCCACUGGCGGAGUUCUCCAGAAGUGCACAGAGCAGUUACGUGCACGACCGCCAGCUACUAAGACACGAUGGGUACUAUCGUCAUUUUUAAUGAAUUUUGUAUAAUGUGCUUCUUUCGUAAAACAAAGCGGUUUGAGAUCCGAUCUAUUCACUGGACCCGAUUUCGUCUUUAUGAAACCGCCCCUCACGCUGACCGUUCCCAUGCAACGUGCGCUGUAUUUUUUUUUCAUUUUUGCGGCCUUUUUCGCUUUGAGUUUGAGCAGGCAACGAUCAUUUGCCAAGCUGCUGGCGUAGCUAUUCCACACGUGAAAAUAAGAAAACAAAGAACUACGCAACAAAUCGUAUGAAAAAUCCUCUGCAGCUACAACGGUAUGGAGCUUGGGCAGCACUUGGCUGAGGCCAUUUUGAGUAAAGCAGAGAUUUACGACGCGGAGGAGGAAGCGGCAGCGGCCAGCAAGGACUUUACCUACCAAACGCUGCAGAUGCCAAUAUACCGGGCGGGGCUGUUGCCGGGGAAUCUGCGCUACUACUGCGUCAGGUGUCCGAAGAACGUACUGCAGGCGAGGAAGGAGAAGCAAGUAAAGCACAUGCUGACCGACACGUUGUCUCUGGACAGCGAAAGCGGGCACUUCUGCAAGAUCACGUACUGUCAAUUAUGAGACGAUUAAAAAGCUGUUUCUGCUUCUGGAUUCUUGCAGCGUUCCGUUCAUAGUAGAAAGACUUUUUGGGAUUUCUGUUUUUACCUCAAUUCUUGUCAUACAUGUGCCAUUCAUUCUGGAGGUGGACUGACAUAAAAACAAAUUAUUUCUCUGAAUAAAACUCCAAGGUGCACGGGCAGCACCGUGACGGAAUUUCUCUACCUGGGGUACCAGGAGCUCCAUCGCCACGCACUGUUCCACCUGGUGGGGCGAAAUAUUUCCUUUUUGAACGGCCUGGAGCAAAGAUACGCGAGCGCUGAUGGGGCAAACAGUUUCGACCUCGUGGAGUUUCUCACCGACUCAUGGACGCACGCGUUUUACCAUGACGACUUCUACGAGGUUUUUGUCACGCAGGCAAAGAAGGAAAAUUGGGACGAGAAAAAAAUGAAGGACAAGCUGCUCGACUACCUUACCAAGUGCGCGGACUUGCAGAAGAUUUCCUCCUACUACAUACCCGGGAAAACGGACGUCGGCAUGAGCCUCGGCACCGUCGGGACGCUUGAUAACUGA